CUUGGGAGAGGCAGAUGUGUGGGAGCUCCGGGCCGAUCGGGAACUCGGGCAAGUCUCUUUUCCUCAGAUCCUCUGAAAAUGUCAGGAGCAAUCAUAGAGAACAUGAGCACUAAGAAAUUGGUUGUCUUGGUUUUAUUCGUUCUUGUUUUGCAAGUUGUUGCCAUCAUGGUCGGAGCGCUGAUUGCUCCCAGUCCCACCAGUGCCGUUCGCUACUUAGCCACCAAGUGCAUUAACCGCCAACGGACGCGUGGCUGGCUGGCGCCGUGGGGAUCGAACCGGUGCCAGCAGAUCCACAGCUUCGACGAGCCUCUGGCCAAAACGCUGGAUGCCAACGACAUUGUUUUCGCCGUGCACGUGCCUCUCCCGCACGCGGAGAUGAGCCCCUGGUUUCAAUACAUGCUGGCCGUGCUGCAGGUCGACGUCGCCUUCAAGAUGAUCAACCCGAUCGAAGACGGCGUCGUCAUCACCAUCGACGUCGGCUUGGCCUACAGGGACGACCUGACGUCCGAGUGGAGCGCCAAGUUUCACGCGGUGGAGCGGAGGCCCCUCAGGUGCACGCUUGCGGUCGCGAAGACCUAUGAAAACGAGGGCCGCUUUUAUCACUGCGACCCCAUUCCAUUCAUGGAACUGGGAAGUGUGGCCCACAAGUAUUUUCUGUUCAACCUCCGCCUGCCGGUGAAUGACACGGUGAAUGUGGGGAUCGGAGAAAUCAAGGACAUCCACAUAGUGGGCAUCCACCAGAAUGGGGGCUUCACCAAAGUGUGGAUCAGCAUGAAGACUGUGUUCAGUCCCUGGAUACUUGUGGCGACCGCUUGGUACUGGCACAGGAUCAGCCUCAUGGCGAGGCCGCCAGUGCUUUUGGAAAAGGUUAUUUUUGCUCUGGGCAUCGCCAUGACGAUCCUGAACGUGCCGGCUGAGUGGCUCUCCCUGGCCUUUGAGUGGACGUGGAUGCUGCUCUUGGAAGAUGCCCAGCAGGGCGUCUUCUACUCCACGCUCUUCUGUUUCUGGGUCAUCUUCUGCGGCGAACACCUCAUGGACCAAACCCGGAGGAACCGUCUCUCGGCGUACUGGUGGCAGGUCGGACUGGUGAUUUUCGGCUCCGCUCUUCUCCUCGUAUUUGACCUGAGUGACAGGGGGGUUCAUUUGACCAACCCUUUCUACAGUGUCUGGGCAUCUGAAAGUGGGAUGAAGCUGGCCAUUACCUUCAUUGUGGUGGCAGGGCUUUCUCUCUGCCUGUACUUCCUGUCCCUGUGUGGCAUGGUGCGUUGCGUGUUCAGGAACAUCGGAGGGAAAAUGCAGCAGCUUCCUGCGAUGCCAAAGGCCCGGAAAUUGCGUUAUAAGGGAAUAAUCUUCAGGUUCAAGUUUUUGAUGCUGGUGACUCUAACGUGUGCUGCCAUGACGGUCAUCUUCUUUAUAUUAAAUCAAGUCAGUGAGGGUCACUGGCACUGGGGAAACUACACGUUUGAAGUCCACAGUGCUUUUCUCACAGGGAUCUAUGGCAUGUGGAACCUGUAUGUUUUCACCAUCAUCUUCCUCUAUGCGCCCUCCCACAAGCGCAGCAGAGAAAAGUCAGGCGAUAGUCAACAAACAGAUGUGCUGGAGAAGCCAGACAGCCACGAGGCCGAGCCGACCUGCGGAGAGCAGGGGCCGACGGAGGCCUACAGGAUCACUGGGAAGGUGGCGCAGCAAUAACCACCGAAAAACAACUCCUUCAUUUCAUGUGACUACUGUCGUUGCAUCUGCAACGUUUAGGACUAUACUGUAGACACGUCUUGGAUAAGUAGCAGUAAAACAUCUUAAACGUAGUUUGUAGGGAAAGUUAAACUUCUAGGAUGGCAGAUGUUUUUAGAUUAGAUUAUUAGAGGAGCAAGUUACUUUCACAUACACUUAUCUGUUUGCUAGGGCACUUUUUAUUUUUAAUUCAAUCUCCUUUUUAUCCUUUGUGUCCGUAGCCUUGAUUUUAUACUGUCGAGUUCAAAUCUGUACAUUGAAGAUGCUAUUUUUCAUGCACUGUUAAUUGUUUUGUUGCCCAUUGUCUUACUGUCCAAUAUUAUGCACCAACUGCCAUGUCAAAUUCCUUGUAUGUCUAACAUAUUUUGGUAAUAAAUGUUCCUGAUUCAUA